AUGCUGCUGAAUCACUCCCCUCGAGGGUCUUUCAGUGUUCCUGUUAACAUCACCCUGCAGGGCGCUCGGCGACGCCACAUGCGAGAUGUCAUCCAUGAGCAAACCCAGCUGGACGCCAGCUGGAGGAAAGAAAGAGAUUCGAAGUGCAAUGAGAAAGCCAGAGCUCAAGUACCUGAGUCCAGUGUGGGAGAAGAUCGAGCCAUCCUCUUGGGCUUCACCAUGAUGACAUUGUCCAUCCUCAUGUACUUUCUGGUGGGAAUCGCAAUGGUGAAACCAUGUCUAGACAGUAACUGGACAGACUCCAACUGCACAUUGAUCAAGGCUGAUAUUCUAGAUGAAACAAUGGACUGCCGUGGCAUUGUUAGCUAUAAAUGUCUGCGUGUUUUUGUCAACGUCACGUCCCUUGAAAAAACAGUUCAACUUCACUAUGAUGAAGAGGCUGUGAGAUUCAACCCAAAGAUAAACAUGCUUGCUGUUAUCUUUCAUCAGUGUUUCUACAGUCCAAAAUGCCAACGAAACAAGACAGAAGUGAAGGAUGAGGCCAGUAACAUCAAAAGUGCUUUGUUGAGUACUCAGGGGGAAAACAUGAACUGCUAUCUCAAUUCUAAAUACCCAGAUGUCGCCCUCUUGAGGAGCAAAUACUCAGUGCAAAUGGCCUUGUAUUACCUGCUGUGGCCCAGCCUCAUUCUUUUUGGUGGUAUUCUCUUGGUGGGACUGGUGAAGGUCAACCAGCAUCUGGCUUACCUCUGUACUGAGAUCGCUAGAGAUGAGGUACUGGGUAAACAGAACAAACGCACAGACGGAGGAAUCUACAGACUCUUACGGUGCAAGCCGGGAGGCACCGGCGAGCAGAAUGAUACAGUUUCCUAA